CCAAUGGCGACAGACUUUCAGGCAGGAGGGGGGAAAAAACCCUAAGACGCGGGUUCAUGUGGACCUGAAUUCUGAUUGGUCCACGCGCACGCCACUCCGCCCAUUCAGCAGUGACGCAGUCUUAGGAGAAACCGGAAGCGACGUCGAACUUGUUUGUGUUGUUUUUGGUGUUUUCGGCUUCUUGUCAAAAAGUCAGGAUGUGGAGGUGCGUUUUUCUGACGGCGCUGUUCGCCGUUGGGUUCGGUUUUAUGACGGGGGGGUUGAUGGACAUUGACAGCCAUGACGCAGGUGUCCUGGACGCCCUGAAUUACGCCGUUCGGAAGCACAACAACCGAUCCAACGACAUGUACGUCAGCCAAGUGACCGAGGUGAUCGGGGCUCAGGCGCAGGUGGUUGCAGGUGUCAAAUACAUCAUCACAGUGAAAAUGGCCAGAACCUCAUGCAGAAAAGGCAGCGACAAUGAAGUGUGUAGUGCUCACACAGACCCACAACUGGCCCAGCCCUACCAGUGCACCUUUACUGUGUGGAGUCGUACGUGGCUCAAUGACACCAGAGUGUUGAAGGAGAAAUGUGGGUGAAGGAACAGCUCAGGAAUUCAUUCGGAUCAACAUUGUUUGCUCUGAUUGUUAUUUAUCUGAACUCUCUUUAUAAUAAUUGAAAACUGUAAACAUCCAUAUAUGCUUAUUUUGAUUUCCCUUAUUCCGUUUUUUAUUUGUUAAAACUUGUAGGUCAUGGAUUAAUUACCCUUUCAGUUUUAGCUCUAAUAAAUGAGCAAGCUGCUAACUUUUUGUCUGUUAAAACCUGAACAAAUUGAUCAUUAAAUCUGCCUUUCAUGUCUUCUGAA